CGAAAAGGAGUUUGCCAUGGAGUCGCCCUCUCUCCCCACCGUCACGACGAAAUCGCAGCGAUGACGCCAUGAUGAAGGCUGUGAGAUGGGCUGCCAUCGAUAUCUCUUGUCGUGCGCCCUCGUCCUGCAUCUCCAUGCGGACGCGGCUUUCAUCCAUCGAAGCAGCGCAUCUGGGUGGCCUCACGGGAUGCUUAUCAGGUGCGCGAGCAACAGCAUACACACACACGAAAGUAUCUAUCAAUGCACUCACAGACAUCCCUCUCUCUGAGCAUGCGCCUCGCCUUUGCAGAUCAACGAGAGCGAAGGCGAGGAGCGGCGUCAGAAUGGCAGCCCCCUCUGCAAAUGAAGCGGCGCAGCUCAUCCGCGCCAAGGACACCCGGCAGGCUGCAUCCACCUUUCAACAGAUGACCGACCAUGUCGGUAUCAGCCCGGAAGGCAUCGCGCUCUUCCACGCCAACGAUUACAUCAACGCCAUGGCCGCAUUCAGAACACAAUCCGGUCCGAGGAGCAUUGAGAAUGCUGUGUGGGAGGCGGCGUGUGUCUAUGGGAGGGAGGGGCGGGUCAAGGCUCGUGGCAGGGCGGGUGUCGGCGCACUCGGCGAGAGCUUGGUGGAUGGGAGCGGCGGAAGGAGUGAGGAGGCGCUGGCGAUGGUGCAUGAGCUGUUCAGGGGUCGGCAGUCCUCUCUGAAGAACCUCGGACACACUUACCGCUUCGUGAGGCAGGCCAGCCACACGCAGGGGAAGGAAGUGUGAUGGUGGUGUCGAUUGCUCCCUCUGUGUGUAUUGUCCACACAGGCUGAAGGGCUUCCACCAGCCGACGACGAGCUCGCCGAUCUGCAGCAGAUGAUUCACUUUUAUCUCGGUCUCUAUUACGAGUGCAUCGGUGAUGGACGGAGCAGCGAUGACCACUUGAGGGCCGCGCUGCGCCUGCGGGCAUCAGCUGAUCCGGCUGAGAAUCUCUCAGGUCUACACAGUGAGCCGCGCUGCAUGCGUCGACACCCCCCACAGAUGGUCUGUCUCCCUUGUAUGUUUCUGGCAGGUGUGUAUGCGUUCUUGACGGAGCUGCAUUGCCUGGUCCGGCACAACAGCCUCCCAGACGGUACGGGUGCAUCCAGCCAGCCCAUGGGCGGGCAUCUUUCUAUCCAUCUAUCUUGGGGUGUGGUUUUCGUGCGUGUCCACGCAGAGUCUGGCCUCUCCCGCCCGGCAACCUGUCGUCAGUGCAAGCGGUCGUUUGUGCCGGAGCACAACCACUCCCUGGCAUGCUGCUACCACGCAGGCGUCUUCUCCGGCAGGUGAGAAGGGACGGAGGGCAGGUCUAGAGGGAGGGAGGGAGGGAGGGAGGGGCAUGUGAGACGGGUAUGUGGAUGGGGGCGUAGAGGCUUGUUGCUGCCGUGGUGUGUGCAGGUUGAAUCGCGUCAACGAUGUCGACACCAGUGAUUUGGAGUUCUUCUGGUCGUGCUGCGGCGAGUAUGACCGAGAGCAUCCUGGGUGAGACACAAAAGCCAUCCGAUGCUCGUGGAGAUGUGAAACAGUGUGUGUGGUGCCGUCAGGUGUGUGGUGACGCGCCACAUGAGCUUUGACGAGGCCGAUGACGCGACGACCUGGCGGAGUCCCAUGACGGGCCUCACCUGCACUGAGGAUGACUACUACGUGCCCGCCAGAUGACAUAUAGUAGAGAUGGAUGGCGCCUAUGUGUGUAGGUGAUGGGUAAGAGUACGGUGCUCCCUGGCGUGUGUGCGUGUGUAUCAGACACUGUGUCUGAUUCCACUGGCUUGACUGACUCAACCUACUGGACAUACAUGUGUUUGCUCUUGAUGAAUGCCAUGGUUUGAUUUCUGUCUGAUAUCGAUGGCAUAAUGACGCCGACCAUGAACUUUAUAAACAAUGCGAC